AUGGAGGCGGCCGCCGGAGCCCCGUGCGCCCCAGCCCCGCCGCCGCCGCCGCCACCGCCACCGCUGCCCGCGGGGCCCCACGCCGGGCUCCUGCCCGCCAACCUCUCGGCCACCCCGUCCGCGGCCAACUGCAGCGCCGCCGCGGGGACGUACAUCUACCAGGACUCCAUCGCGCUGCCCUGGAAGGUGCUGCUGGUGCUGGUGCUGGCGCUCAUCACCUUGGCCACCACGCUGUCCAACGCCUUCGUGAUCGCCACCGUGUCCCGCACGCGGAAGCUGCACACCCCGGCCAACUACCUGAUCGCCUCGCUGGCCGUCACUGACCUGCUCGUGUCCAUCCUGGUGAUGCCCAUCAGCACGGUGUACACCGUGAGCGGCCGCUGGACGCUGGGCCAGGUGGUGUGCGAUCUGUGGCUGUCGUCGGACAUCACCUGUUGCACGGCGUCCAUUAUGCACCUGUGUGUCAUCGCCCUGGACCGCUACUGGGCCAUCACGGACGCCGUGGGCUACUCGGCCAAGAGGACUCCCCGGAGGGCGGCGCUCAUGAUCGCGCUGGUGUGGGGCUUCUCCAUCUCCAUCUCGCUACCGCCCUUCUUCUGGCGCCAGGGCCAGGCCGGGGACUGCCUGGUCAACACGGAUCAUGUCCUCUACACCGUCUACUCCACGGUGGGCGCCUUCUACCUCCCCACCCUGCUCCUCAUCGCCCUCUACGGCCGCAUCUACGUGGAGGCUCGCUCGCGCAUCCUGAAGCAGUCGCCCCGCCGGCCCGGCAAGCGGCUGACCCGAGCGCAGCUCCUCACCGACUCCCCGGGCUCCACGUCCUCCGUGACCUCCGUCAACUCGCGGCCGCCCGACGCCGCGCCCAGCGAGUCCGGCUCCCCCGUGUACGCGAACCAGGUGAAAGUGCGCAUCUCUGACGCCCUGCUGGAGAAGAAGAAACUCAUGGCGGCCCGCGAGCGCAAGGCCACCAAGACGCUGGGGGUCAUUCUGGGGGCGUUCAUCGUGUGCUGGCUGCCCUUCUUCAUCAUCUCCUUGGUCAUGCCCAUCUGCAAGGAGGCCUGUUGGUUCCACAUGGCCAUCUUUGACUUCUUCAAUUGGCUGGGCUAUCUGAACUCCCUCAUCAACCCCAUCAUCUACACCAUGUCCAAUGAGGACUUCAAACAAGCCUUCCAUAAACUGAUUCACUUGAAGUGCACCAGUUGA